CUGAACAAUAUAGAGAGCAGACUUUCAUUUAGACUGCAGAAGUUACCUGACCUCAACAAAAGUAAAGCCACACAAAUACAGGCAUGCUUAGAAUUGCCCUUCAAAGGCUACAAAUCCUCUAAGAUUUUUUUAGUACAGUGAGCUAGUAGCAGGGGUGACUGCUUCCAUAAUCCCUUGAGAUUUGUACUCUGGGUUGUUUUUUUGCUAAUCUUGCUAGUCAUAGGUUUUAACCUCUUUCUGUUUUUCUCCAACCAGCAUAGCCAGUCUGCUGCCUUAAGCCACUCACUGUAGUUUACCACUUUUCCUCUCUUCUGUACCUUUUUUCUACUUGCCACCAGUCUUCACGGUUUUUUAAUUGGUGGCAAUACCAGUAAGUAACUAAGAAUUACAUCCUUUAUCAUAAUUUUAAAAGCAUGUAGACACAAGGACAAAAGAGAUUAAACACAUGCAGUCUGUGUAACAAGUGAGCCGAGUGGUCCUAUUAAAUAAAAUAUGGGAAGGCAGGUGUGCUUAUUUAUUUUAUUUUUGCUGACUCUUAAGAUAUUGGUACUAUCUCCAGCCUCCUCAUGGACCUCCCCUUUGUAUAAGCUGCCUCUUAAAGAACAGUAUGCCCCAGCUUAUUAAUAAACACAAUAAACUAGAAAUAUGAAAAAGUGUGGAUAUUUCUGUGGUAGGAAAAAAAAAAGAAAAAAUUAGUUGAACUAUACUGUUAGUAAAAUAUGGUCAUAUUAAUAAAUCAGUGAGUAAACUGUAGGUCUGAGCAUAAACAUUUGAAAAAAUUUCUGUAAGUAUAUAAAAAUAGUUAAGGAACAUGUUUCCAUUUAGCAUAGCAGAGAAGAUACUGUGUUUUAAGAGAAGCUUAAUCUGGAAACGGCAUGUACCCUGAAGAUGCUGUAUCGCUGUACAGGAGGUCAUCUUACAGGAACACAGAAAUGGUGAAGGUGCAACUUUGCCUCUGCAUUGCUUCAAGGUCAAUUAAUGGAGAGAGAAUACCCAGCUAUACAUAGUCAUUCUCAAAUUGUACAAAAAAUUCAGUUGAGAGUUGUAACUGUAAAAGGGAAAUGUAAUUAAUGCUAAUACAAAAAUCAAGCAUUUAUGAAACAUUAUGCUGAAAUACGCACAAAACCAUUCAUAAUUCAGGAAGUAGGGAUAUAGAAAUAGAGAAAUUAAGUUGUGUCUUCAGGAAGCAUUCUUUUGGAUGUCUGUAAAAAGCAGGACUUGGCAAAUCUGUGUAUAGUUACAAAUAAGAAAAAUUCUUUGGCUAAUGAGGAUACACUGAACCUAAGGUAUCAAUAAAAAUAAAUAUAUUUUAACCUAAUAGCUGUGAAGGUAACCUGUGUGUGUAACAUUCUGUUGCUGGAUCCUUUUUGGCAGCAAUUCUUAUGUCCUGUGUGUUUUCAUGUAUCCAGGUAUGCUCAGUGGUACAACACAAGUUGCCCAUCAGUUCUUUGCUAUUACACAACCCACAUGUCAACAAUCUUGAACUGGAAAGAUGUUAAAUUGUAGAGCAUGUACAAAUACUACAUCUCAAAGAACAGUGGGUUUGUGAAUGAAUGAAAUACACUGUGAACAGAUAGAUUUGUAUUUUGAAACAGAAGGGUGAACUGUAUCAAAACCCAAAUGCUGACUUGGCCUGCAGCAAGAACCAUUCAGCAGCAUGUUAGUGUAUGGUAACAUCUGGAGGGAAGAGGAGUCCUGCUGCUCCUGCUUUACUGCUCUUAUUCCUUAAACUACAUUCUGCUUUUGCUCCUACUAUAAAAUUUCAGGGAAAAUCGAGUUAGUAUUCAUAAUAAUAGUUCUACUGGACUGCCAUAAACCUGCAGUGCAGGAGGCAGGGAAUUCUCUUGUGGUUUGGGUGUUUUGUCUGAAGGAUCUGUAUGUAAAUGUGGCCUUUUGCAGUGCAGUAGAAAGCAGCUGCUGUCACAGGAGCACUUUGAUGAAUGUGAGGGAAGUUAAAAACUUACGUUGCCUUUGUUGUCUAAGCUGCAGUGGUUGCAGUUACAUAGAACUAGUUUAAGUCCAUCUAAAUUAAUGGCUUAAAUGGUGUUAGCCAAGUCUCUGCAACAAAUGCAAGCCAUCAAACUGUUGAUCAGAUUUUGAGGUAUAUCUGAACCUUCUUUUAUUGCUAAAAGUGAAGAUCGUUUGUUUAAACAUUUAUUUGAAGACUAUCAAAGAUGGGUUCGUCCAGUGGAACGCUUGAAUGACACUAUAAAAAUAAAGUUUGGCCUUGCGAUCUCUCAGCUAGUAGAUGUGGAUGAGAAAAAUCAAUUGAUGACAACAAAUGUCUGGUUGAAACAGGAAUGGAUAGAUGUAAAAUUAAGGUGGAAUCCUGAAGACUAUGCUGGAAUAACAUCUAUUCGUGUCCCUUCAGAUUCUAUUUGGAUUCCAGACAUCGUGUUGUAUGACAAUGCAGAUGGACGUUUUGAGGGAACAUCUACAAAAACUGUAGUUAAAUAUGAUGGCACCAUUGCUUGGACUCCACCAGCAAACUACAAAAGUUCUUGUACUAUUGAUGUAACCUUCUUCCCCUUUGACCUCCAAAAUUGCUCUAUGAAAUUUGGUUCCUGGACUUACGAUGGCUCCCAGGUUGAUAUAAUUCUUGAAGAUUAUGAUGUUGACAAAAGAGACUUUUUUGAUAAUGGAGAAUGGGAAAUAGUGGCUGCAACAGGGAGCAAAGGAAAUAGGACUGAUGGAUGCUGCUGGUAUCCUUUUGUUACAUAUUCAUUUAUAAUUAGACGUUUGCCACUUUUUUACACAUUGUUUCUCAUUAUUCCUUGUAUUGGGCUUUCGUUUCUAACUGUCCUUGUCUUCUAUCUUCCUUCAAAUGAAGGUGAAAAAAUUUCACUUUGCACUUCAGUACUGGUAUCUUUGACUGUUUUUCUUCUUGUUAUUGAAGAGAUUAUUCCAUCAUCUUCUAAAGUUAUCCCACUUAUAGGAGAGUACUUGGUGUUUACUAUGAUAUUUGUGACAUUGUCCAUUGUGAUAACUGUCUUUGCUAUCAAUAUUCAUCAUCGCUCUUCGUCUACACACAAUGCUAUGGCACCUUGGGUUCGCAAGAUAUUUCUUCACAAACUUCCCAAGCUACUUUGCAUGAGAAGUCAUGUAGAUAGAUACUUUGCUCAGAAGGAGGAAACAGGAAAUAUGAAUGGAUCUGAAUCAUCCAGGAAUACCUUGGAAGCAGCUCUAGAUUCUAUCCGAUAUAUUACAAGGCAUGUUAUGAAGGAGAAUGAAGUUCGCGAGGUUGUUGAAGACUGGAAAUUUAUUGCUCAGGUGCUUGAUCGAAUGUUCUUAUGGACUUUUCUUCUGGUUUCAAUAAUUGGAUCACUUGUGUUAUUUAUUCCUGUUAUUCAUAAAUGGGCAAGUAUAAUAGUACCUAUGCAUAUAGGCAGUACAAAUGCAUAAAGUAUUUUUGGAUCUGUCUCCUGCUAAUACGUCCCUAAAAAGUUUUGCAGUAGCUCUAUUUCCAUGCAUGUUCUUUUUAGGCAUGUUUCUGAUAGAGUAAAAAAAAAAAUCCAAACCCAGAAAAUUAUGUUUAUGUUAAAGCAUGGCAUCCCUAGGACACAUAGAAGUCAAUUUGCUUAUUGCCAGUCUACUAAGUUACUUCUAAAUCGGGUCAGAAUUGAAAGGACCUUGUCAAGCACUUGCAUAUGUGAUAUGUCAAAAAAGCAUACACUGACACCUACUGUGAAAUAGAAGGAUUUAAAAUUUUUUAGUGAUGAUCACUGUAGUCCAAUUAUUAAAUUACUAUAUAAAUUGUUAUAUUGAGUAUUAAAUAAUUGCAGAUAUUUACACAGUAGAGUUGCUUGUUUUAAUUUACUAUAGUAUGCAAAGGAGGAUUUUUAUUAGCUCUCUUGCAUGUGUUGCAAAAGUAUAAAGUUUCUACAGAGUAAAUUUAACAUAAUAAUAAAAAUACCAGUUAAACUUCCCAUAUAUUCAACAUAUAAGUAAAAAUAGUGAUUUGGCUAUGUUUUGCCUUUAUAAAUUUUCAGUGGAAUUUGCUGCUAAAUUUAAAACCUCAUUAAUUCUAUCAUACUAACAUGAACAUUUAAUACAGUAAGCCUUAAAAUGCCUACAGGAUACUUACAUAUCGGUAUCUCUGUAUCAGCUAUGGAAGGGAAGGCAAAGGCAAUUAAAUGAGUUCCCAAGUUUCUAAUGGAGCAGAACAUUCAGAUUUCUUUAUUCUUGAUGAAGAAUUUGAUACAGCAUGUUAGUUGCAAACAUGUCAAUCAUUUCCUGCUUUUGUGUGUUUCUCAGUAUUAAGUUUUUAAGCACAGGUAGAAGGAGUUUGGGUAAUGCCCUUCUGAAGGAAAUGGGUUGAAAAUUAUUAUGCUGUAUAACCAAAUACAGAUGAUUAAGUUUUCACACAUUUGUUAAACCUAACUUAGAAAUCUACCUUUAAUAGGUUCUCUCACUUACAGAACCAUAUGUAACACUAAGCAGCAACCACUUGCAGCUUUCCAUAUGUUCUUUUUCCUGAGAGUGUUGAAAACUAACUUGCAACUUUUUAAUUAUUCCAUUAAAAUAUAUUCUCUAAAUACUGAUUUUAAAUUCUUUACAUUCAUUCCAUUGCCACCUUCCUUAAAAGCUUUAUUUCUGGAAGAGACUCUAAAAUAGAUGGGGGUUUUCCUACAUCAAAGUUUUAUCAGUGUACUUCAUAAUAUAGUUGUAUCCUGCAGGGCUAAUACAGUAAUGCUAAGCUAGAGCAAGUCUUGGGAAGUGUUUAUUUGCUGAAAUUACUACAUUAAUAAUAACAUGUUUAGGUGCAAAGUUUAAUGUAAAUUGUGGUAUCUUUGAUAAUGCAAGCUUUUAUGGUGGUUAUGAAUUUGGAAAAUGGAUACAUAUUGCACAACCCACCCCCCCCCCCCCGCCCCGGGAUCUCCUUCAGAAUAGCACUGUUUGGCACUGUACUGGUUAUAAUACUGACUGCUUAUGUCAUAACUUAUAUGUAAUUGAAUAUUUAUUUCAAAUUGUUUUGACCUGUAGGACAUUUUUGGUUUUGUGUAGCUUUUUAAGGUUCACAGGCAGGGAAAUGAUGCCAGGCAACCCUUUUUUUUUUUUUUUUUUUUUUUUAAAUAGGAAUUUAUAAAUAAUUCUGAUUGUAAAGGGAGUCACUCUUCCUCUUCAGUUAUACAAUUACAUCUGGCAUUGGAUAUCCAUAUUUCCUCUAUUCCCGUCAUAAUUAAUUUUAAUGGUGAAUUUGCAAAGAUUAUCUGAUUUAAUCCAUUAAUGUAAUAAUUUUAACUUUCUUAGUAUUACUAAGAUUAAACGAUGCAUCAGUGACUUUGUGUGGAAGUUGCAGAAAUACUUUAGAUAUCUUAUUUUCUCUUCAAAUGCAAAAUUUCUUUCUGUAGUCCUCCUUGGGUUUGAAUUACUGAAGUUUACUCUUACCUGAACACAAAAGCAAAGUAAAACUAUAGAUUAGCCACAUAUAUUAUUUUUUUAACUCCCCACCUUGUCUCUUUCCCCUUGUUAAAUGAUGUCUGUAGACUGCCCAAUUAUAUCAUAAGGUGAUUGGCAGUAUAUUGGUCAACGGAGUCCCAGUCUUUAUAAUAGUAACUUACAAUUUUUGCAAAGAAAGACAUGAAUUUCUUUUAGUCACUUCUACGAUCUGAUCAUGAUAAAUACAGAUAAGAUAGCUGACACUAGAAUCCUUGGGGUCUUCAGCUUACAGGUGUGUCUGAAACAAAAUAAUUUUAAUAGACUCGGAAGCAUGGACCUUUACUUAUGUAACUUGUUUUUGAAUGUGUUGAACUGUAGCUAAUGCUACUUUAUAUAGGUUUUUGUCACUCGGUCAAAAUAAAUGAGGGAAAAAAAAAAAAGCACAAUUUUCAA